GUGAUGGUGCCCGCCCACAAUGUCGAAAUUGUGAGUCGAAGGGAUACAUUUGCCAAUGGGGGCUGAAAGUCUCUUUCCAUCCUUCGCGCAAUUUUUGCUUGUCGCAUUGGGAGACGGCUGCCUUGACGGCGUUUGAAGAGCGGCGGAAUCAUUCAUCGCGACGUGCUCGGGAUGUUCCUACGAUUAUUGACGAAACGGAGGGCAUUGUGCAGAGCUAUAACACUCUUGAUAAUGCGCAAUCUCCUUCUAUGUCGGAUUCGGAUCCGUCCCGGUCACGUGAGGGUGUAGAGGAUGACGAUGACGAUAAUAACGAAGGAUUUAUUACACAUGAUGCCUCAGCGUUGACCUUUUCAGGGAGCGGCGAUCUCGGAUUGGAAAGUGAUUGGGGCAAAUCCGAUUCCGGUCUCCAUGCACACGAAUCUACUCAGCAGCAGGCUGAUGGGAUAGCAGAUACUGAACCCCACAUAGAUGACCUGCUAUCCAGACAGGCAGUUGAAAUCCCGGCAGGGCCGUCUUGGGACCUGGCACUUCCUUCGUUGCCAGAGCCGACACGCCCUCGGACCUUUAGUGGCCCCAUAGUCCUUGACACCUCGAAAUACGCCCCACCUUUCUUCCUCGGUCAGGCAAUAACCAAUGAUAUCUCCCUACCCCCGGAACCCUCAUUGCCUGUAUCGAAUGCGGAGAAGGUGCGUCUGAUCUGCUCAUACAUGCAAGAAACCGGUACCUGGUGCGAGACGACGGAUUCCGAUAUGCACUUCACUAUGCGGAGUACCCACGAAGUAAUGAAGUCCGCUGCAUUUACCGCUGCUGCAAUGUCUCUGGCGUCGCGUCAGUUGGACCAUGUCGAACAUCGACAACGGCCAAUCACACUCGAGCUGUACCAAUAUACUGUCCAGUUGCUUCUUCGCCAGGAUCCUGCUAAAGCAGAUGCGUCUCUGCUGGCAACUUGCACUUUGCUCUGUGUAUAUGAGAUGAUGGCAUCUGGGGUUCAUGAAUGGCGACGGCAUUUGAAGGGCUGCGCUAGCCUCCUCCAGGCUAAGAAGUGGAAUGGCUCGAGCCAGGGUAUUGUGAAGGCUUGCUUUUGGGCAUUUGCUCGAAUUGAUGUAUGGGCCGCCUUCAUAAGCGGGAAGACAACCCUCAUCCCUACCGAUUUUUGGGUAGAUGACAUGUCCAUCGAAUCCGUGAUGACCAAAGGCAACGUGGACGACUAUUGCAACCUGGUCAUCUUGAUCUUCGCCAAGAUCGUAAACUUACUACAUACCGACAAGGGAUAUCGGCCUGCAUUGGCCACUUCCGUGUCAAGUCUAUGGGAUGAACUUCAGAAGUGGUACCAGCUUCGUCCGCAGGAGGUCUGUCCACUGCUGAGGGAUUCUUCGGCUUCCUCUAAAGUAUUCCCUACGAUUGUUUACACUCAUGCAUCUUCCAUUUGCGGCAAUACUUUUUAUCAUACUGGUUCUAUUUUGCUCUUGCAGACGGGGCUUCUCCAGAUUCCUACAGAAAAUUCUUCGUCUCUCCUGGAAGAUACUGAUAACACGCUCUGGCAUGCGCGCGAGCUUGCUGGUAUCUCCAUGUCAAAUUCAUCGCACGCAAACUGGGUAAAUCAUCUCCAACCCCUGUACAUCGCAGGUACAGUCUUUGUCGGUAACCGCACAGCUCCGGGCCCCGAGGAAGCAGGCUCAGACAUAUCAUCGGAGCGGCGCCCUUAUACGUCAUCUGCACUAAACGAAAUGGGGCCGGAUGAGGAGGAGUAUGCUGCUGAGAAGAUUUUGCUUCUGAAACAAUUAGCUCGUAUUGAGCGUAAGACUGGUUGGAAGACUACGGAUCGUGCUGCUGCGCUGAGGAUGUUAUGGGGGUUUGGGUAGGAUAUGCAAC